AUGUCUUCGAUCGGAGCUAGCUACGCGCAAGUUUACGUGCAGCAGAAGAGACAGAAGGAGAGGCUGACGAAGAAAAUGGCCGAAGAUGAACGAGCUAGGGUUAUUAGUGGAAAUAAUAAUAAUGUGAUUAUUAAUGAUGAGAAUAAUAAUCCUCGAUUUUGCAAUGCUCAUACAAUUGUUGCAAGGAAUAAUAUCUUUGAUCCAAUAUUUAUUUCGCAUAUUUUGUUGUUUAAGUUAUUUAAUAAUGUAUGUUUUAAUGUUCCUUGUGUAGGUGCAUUGAGAUUGAUUCAAGGAGUAGUUCCUCACAUGGCAUCUAGAAAGAAGGGCAAAAUCGUCAACAUCGGAAGUGUGACCGCAUUAGCCCCUGUACCGUGGGCAGGUGCUUACACUGCAUCGAAAGCUGCUAUACAUGCACUCAGUGAUACUUUAAGAUUGGAACUAAGACCCUUUGGGAUUGAUGUGAUUAAUGUUGUCCCCGGAGGCAUUAAAUCCAAUAUCGGAAACUCGGCUUUAGCAUCAUACAAUCAAAUGCCAGAGUGGAAACUGUACAAGCGGUUUCAAGAAUCGAUUCGAGCAAGAGCAACUUUAUCACAGAGCCCAAAAUCGACUCCUUCAGAAGAGUUUGCGAAGAAGACGGUCGAUGAAGUGCUCAAGGAAAAUCCUUGUGCUUGGCUCACCUUAGGCCAUAUGUCUACUGUAAUGGCAAUUUUGUAUCACAUUCCUCUCUUUGUUAGAGAUUUUAUUCUCAGAAAGAAAUUCCAAAUUUGAUUUAUGUUUGUGUGUGUGUGUAUAUACAUAUUUCUGAUGUAUAAGAUUUAUUACUCUUUAUGUUGUAAUAAUAUUUUACCAUCUCUUUUAACACAACUAGGGGUGGGAAUUGGAAUAUUAUUUCUGAAUUCUGCCAAUUCUAAUCCGAUUUUUUUUCGAUUUUGGAAUAUUAUUUUCAAUCCCGAA